CCUUGCGGAGCCCGGCCGUUGGAGCUAGGAGGCUGGAGCCGGCCGCGGUCCCGCCGCCAGCGUCCCCCUAGCUGCACGGCCGCGCGCUCCSGCAGCCGCCCGCACAGCCCGACGCCCCCCUCGGAGCUGCGCGCCAAACCCGGGUUGUCGCGGGCCUCCCGCGGGACAGCGCUCCCAAGGCCAAACGAAACCUCCAGCCAUGGCCCUGGGCCUCUUCCGGGUGUGUCUGGUAGUGGUGACGGCCAUCGUCAACCACCCGCUGCUGUUCCCGCGGGAGAACGCCACUGUCCCAGAGAACGACCAGGACAUCAUCCGCAAGAUGCAGGCCCACGAGGAGAAGAUGCAGCUGGAGCGGCUGCGCCUGGAGGAGGAGGAGGCGCGGAUGGCAGCCGAGAAGGAGGCCCCGGAGCAGGUGGCGGAGGAGGGCCAGCAGCAGCAGGAGACGCUGGCCUUGAACCUCUGGACCACUCUCUGCAUGAUCCUCUUCCUGAUCAUCGAGGUGUGGCGUCAGGACCACCACGACGGGCCCUUGCCUGAGUGCCCCGGUGGGGACGAGGAUGAGCUGCCGCUGCUGGGGAGCGCCCCGCUGCGGGGCGUCACCCUGCCCAGUCAGGCCAUGCUGGGCCACUUUCACGAGCACGGUAUCCGCGGCACCAUGGCCGACGCUGCCCGCACCCGGGAGUUCGUGGAAGGCUUCGUGGACGACCUGCUGGGAGCCCUGAGGAGCCUCUGCCACCGGGACACUGACAUGGAGGUGGAGGACUUCAUCGGUGUGGGCAGCAUGUACGAGAACUGGCCGGCGGACAGGCCGCUGCUGUGCCACCUGUUCGUGCCCUUCACGCCCCCGGAGCCCUACCGCUUCCACCCGGAGCUCUGUUGCUCCGGCCGCUCYGUGCCCUUGGACCGCCAGGGCUACGGCCAGGUCAAGGUGGGCCGGGCCGACGGGGACCCGCUGGGCUGCAUCUGUGGCAAGACCAAGCUCGGGGAGGACAUGCUGUGCCUCCUCCACGCCCAGCAGAGCGGGGCGCAGCCCUGCAGGGAGAUGGAGGACCUGCUGUGUGCCCCAGAGUCCCCGUACCUGGACACCAUGCGGGUCAUGAAGUGGUUCCACACGGCCCUCACUAAAGCCUGGCAGCGCAUCGCCCAUAAGUUCGACUUUGACCUGGCCUUUGGCCAGUUGGACACCCCCGGGUCCCUCAAAAUCAUGUUCCGCUCAGGCAAGGCCAUACCCUUCAACCUGAUUCCUGUGAUCCAGAGUGACAACUCCGAUCUGCACUUUGUCUCCCACCUUCCCAGGGAGCUCUCUGGGGAGACCCCGGCCUCCAGCACCGACUGGCUCCUGUCCUUUGCUGUCUAUGAGCAGCACUUCCUCAGGAUAACUUCCAAGGGGCUGCCCGAGGGGGCCUGCCACCUCAGCUGCCUGCAGAUCGCCUCCUUCCUGCUCUCCAAGCAGAGCGGCAUGGAGGGCGCCUGCGGCCUGGGCGCCAGCGGGCUCAGCACCUACCACCUGAAGACGGCGCUGAUGCACCUCCUGCUCUCCCGCAAGGCCUCCGACUGGAAGGCGGCGCAGCUGCACUCACGCCUGCAGGAGCUGCUCUGCUUCCUGGAGAAGAGCCUGCUGGAGAAGAAGCUCCUUCACUUCUUUGUGGGCAACCGCAAGGUCCCCGAGGCCCUGGGACUCCCCGAGGCCGUGCGCAGGGCAGAGCCUCUCAACCUCUUCCGGCCCUUCGUCCUGCAGCGGGGUCUCUACCGGAGGACAGUGGACUCCUUCUAUAAGAUGCUCGAGAAUGCCCCAACCCUUGUCAGUGAAUAUUCCCUACGUGUCCCCUCCAGUCAGGCCAGCCUGUCCACCAAAGCUGUCAUCUUGUAGAGUAUGUGGAAUUUGAGAGCCAGGAGGGAGGGUGUCUCGAAAGUCCGAGUGGCCGGGGCUCUAGGCUUGGCGGASAGCCCAGGUGCAGCCUGCCGGGAAGGAAGCCAGGCCCCGCGGGUGGAGGAAACAGAAUUCCAGCUGGAUGCUGAUUUGCUUCCCUGCCGCUGAGGCCCAGUGGCAGAGUUAUCAUUUGGGUUUGGGGACUGGUUCUUUGCAGAGYGCUCUUGGAUUACCACAGAUGGACAAGAAGGUGAGACUGAGAAGGAGAGAGUGCCGACAUUGACCUUGAGCGUAAUCCAUUUCCAUCUUGGGCCCAGCCCGAGAUGUAUCAACAGAUGCUCCACAUGAAUGCUGCCAGGGACCCGCGUUCAGAUCCUGUACCCCAUGUCCAGGAAUGCUGGGCCCCAGCCAUCUUCAGGCAAAAUAAGAAUAAGGACAGAUGUGGGAAUCCACAACCUGUGACCCACAGUGGCUGCCCCUUCUUAUAGUGUUGGAAGAAGAGACCGGGUAGAAACCUGGGACUCCAAGUAGCUCAUGCUACACUCAGCUGGGUAUUUGGUGGCAGAGGGUUUAAAGUUGGCUGAUGCUUUGGCCAUAUUCUCACUCAGGUGCACCUCUUCCCAGGCCUCUUUGCUAGCACUGUGUGUCCCAAGUGUUCCAAUGGCACCUGGGUGCCAUUUACCGCGCUGGGCGCCUCUCACCUCUCUCCAUCCUUUCAGCUCAUCAGUGUGGUAGGGGGAUGGCAGAUGCUGCAGAUGGAAACUGAUCUUGAAAAAGAGAAGUACAGGCUGCCUGGGACGAGGGACAGAGCCUGGUUCCCAGGGAGGUAGGGUUAGGCGUGUAAUCUGGACUAGUUCAGAGGAGGUGGCAGAGCCCUGGGGUGGGGACUGCCAUAGCCUUGCAGUGUCCUCAGGCUCUCAGUCCUAGGGCAGGGUGGGCUUGGAAGCUAGAGCUCUGGAAACCCAGCACUGGGCCACAGGCCCAAAGCCACCUCCUGCCCAGUUCCUCACUACAGGGGGACUCGCUUACUGCCCAGAGCCCACCCUUUCUGUGUGGGCCUUCCUGACCAUACAGAUAACCCAGACCUAAAAGCCUGGUGUUGGCUGGGCUGACUGGGGACCUGUGUGGGCACCAAGGACACAGCCCUCAGAAUUCAGGGGCCACCUUGUCCUGCCGAGAGCUAUGGGCCCUGAGUAGGCACCAGAGCCUGAGGCUAGACUGGGCUCCUCUGCAGGCCUCGUUCACGGGAUUGAGGAAACUCUUCUCCACUGGGCUUCAGUGGCCCUUUGAGACAUCCUUUCUGCAUCACUUCAGGACAAAGAGGAAUGGAGAACAAAGAGCCAGGCCAUGCCCAGGUCCCUCUUCCAGGAUUCAUGCCAUCCAUGCCUGCCUCCCAGAUGGCAUAACUAACUCGAUGUGGGUGUCCGAGCUUACUGCGACCUGAAGAGAAGAGCGCCUCCCUGUGCCCAAGGAAUGCGCUCUCACCUAGCCCCGGAAAGCUCCAGAAGGACCACUUGCCCACCAGCGUUAGAUCCUGGUGGGAAGACGGCUGCAGUCAGGGCAGCAGAUCCCAUAGGAAGUGGCCUUGUGUGAGCAGGAGCUGGACUGAGCUCGUGCCUGGGCUCCCCAGGCCCCCCAGCCACCACCUGGCACCCCAGGGAGUGACCCUGCUCAGGUGUGGCUCACAGCAACCCUGAGCCAGCCAUCCCACUGGAUUUCACUUCCAGAAUCAGGGCAGAUUUCCUUAUUUAUUGUAACCUCUGCCUUUUCUCCCUUCAUCCUUAUCCUGCUGUGCUAUGAAGAGAACCCAGUCACCAAGAACCCGCCUCCAGAGGCCAAGGCCAAGCCUGCAUCUCCCUCAGGUCCCCCUUUGCUUUCGGGAGAAAGUUCRCUCAAAAACUAGCCCCAGGGUCUUGUUUGUGCAGAACUCGGUGGAGAAACCGUGGUCUGUUGUGCACCGAAGCUGCUUCUGAAGCAGAACGCAGCGGGGCUCUCGGUGUUUCAUGCUGCCUUAUUUAUAUUAAAAAUAAAUAAAUCAAUAAAUUCUYGC